UGUAAAUAAGCUCUCUGGUUCGUUAUUUAAAAUUACCGCGCUUUCUUUGAUAUAUUGUCUGUGGUUAAAGAAAACUGAGAAGAUGUCUGAACUGUAAUAUAAAGAGAAAAGACUAUUGAUUUAUUUAGUGGAUUUAUUUAAGAAAGUUUAAAUAGUUUAUAAAAACUGAUUGUUAGGAGCAAUAGCAUUUAAUGUUGUUUCUCUUUUCACAGAGCAACAACUUGGGCUUUUGUUUCAACUAACUUAUUACAAAACAACAUUAAUUAUAGCUGUUGUCAACAAUGGAGAAGUUGAAAUUCGAAUUUGUUGUCAAACCGAGUGACGACCCGAAAACAAACAUAAUAUGCUUAACAUCAAUUAUGGAUGCCAAUAAAAGUACUUACUUAAUUCCGGAGCAAUUACAACCGGUGAAACUACACGAUGUCUUAAUAAAGUCUCAAAUUUUCCAAAAAGUAAAAACUACAUUGCAAAAAAGACAUGAAAAACGACAAGUAUGGAUUUCUAUUACACCGGAGUUACAUGAUAUCUACAUAGAUGGUGAUGGAAAUAUGCAAUUUAAAGGUUAUUUACUGGAAGAAGUUACAUCAAUUGCACAAGACCAGACUUCUACGGAAACGCCAAUAGAAGCUCUUUCAAAAAUUUUGGAAAAUUUUGCUGAAUCAAGAAAGGAGCCUAGACAGUUUAAUUUGAAAAAAGUAUCUGAAAUGUUUGUUAUUGAUAAGUUUACACAAAAAACGUCAAAUGUCACACAGUGGAUGGUUAUCUUCGAAACAGAAUGUACUCGUUUAGGUAUAACUGAUGAUAUUUACAAAAUUCAAGUUUUAAGGUUAUUUUUAGAUGAUUCUUGUCAGGAUUGGUAUAGCUCUAUGCUUAUAAAGCAUACAAUGAAUUCUGAAUGGAGUAUUUGGAAAAAUAAUUUUUGCGAAACAUAUAUGAACAAAGGUUGGACACCGGUAAGGUAUGCUAUUUUAUUUAAGUAUAGGCAAGGCUCGUUAAUAGAAUAUGCAUUAAAAAAAGAGAGACUUUUAUUAGAGACUAACAAGUUUAUAGAUAAAACUACUUUAAUAGAUUUAAUUGUAACGGGUUUACCUAAUUUUAUCGCCGAUGAAAUUGAUAGAAAUAACUUAAAGGAAACAGAACAUUUAUUCAAUAGUAUUCGUGGGUUAGAACAUUUGAAUAAAAAGUUUGUAGGAAAAAGGAAGUAUAUUCAGAAAAUAGCAUUAAAGAAAAGACUUUCAAGGAAAAACCAUGCAAAAUUUGUGAAAAAGAAAAGAAAGGAAUUCGGUAUCAUUCAGAAUCCGUUUGUUGGUUUAAAAAUAAGGGAGGUGAUCGGUAUAAAAAAGAGUCAAUUAAAAGUAUUAAUAAUUCUGAAUUAG